AUGUCAGCCCACAAGACUUCCGCGGUCUCUGAUGACCCGGUCGAUGUCCUCGUCGUCCUGCACGACAAGUUUGAUCUCCUGAACUUUGCCAGCGUAACCCAAGUUCUGACCUCGGUCCUCCACGACAAGAGCGACCCCACCUCCAAGGCUUUCGAGGUCACGACCGUGGCUGCCGAGCCCAAGGUGCUCUCAGAGCAGGGUGUCGUCAUUGGCACCCAGAUCGCCUUCAAGGAGGCCUACGCUCAGCUUGACGACUACGAUGUCCUCGUCGUUCUAGGCGGCAACAGCGAGGCCAUCCUCAAGCAGAAGGCCGAACCCCUCCCCAUCAUCAAAGCCUACAGCGAAUUGCAGAUCAAGGAUAACACCCGGGAGCGUACUCUCUUGUCCAUUGACACUGGCUCCAUCUUCCUUGCCGAGCAGGGCAUUCUCUCCGGCUUGGCUGCUACCACCCACCCCGACUUCAUGACUGCCUUCGAGAACAUCUGCAGCCACUCGGCUGUGAGAGACGGCACAGACCGAACCGACGUGGAUGAGAUCGCCCGAUACGUGGUCAACAAUCUCCGCUUCGACAUCGGUGACGAGGACGAGAACCCCUACAUCCGCCGCAAGUCUGAUGCCGGUAGACGCCCAUCAGCUGGUGCUCGCAAGGGAAGCAUUUCCUUCAAGGGCAUGUCCCGUCGCGAGUCAAUCGCACGCCGCGCGGCGAUGCGACUUGGUGGUCUUCGGGUCAUCACGAGUGGGGGGUCUACUGCUGGCAUUGAUGCAACCCUGUAUCUUGUCAGCAUUCUGGUCGAUGAGGAGGCUGCCAACGAGGCCGCCCGUGUCCUGCAGCACAAUUGGGUCAAGGGCACCGUCGUAGACGGUUUGGAUGUCUAA